AUUUGAAAUUCAGAAUAUAAAGUUAAUUAGUUGAUGUAAUGUAAUUAGUAAAGAGAAAUACUGCCUGGUAAACAGAUUCUGAACAAUACACCAGAAAUCAUUCAGAGGAAGUGUGCAACAAGUAUUAGUCUUCAAAAGGAAGUUGAUGGUGUGAAUAUUUCUGUUGUGGAAAGUAAACCUUACUGCUUUUGUUCAAUAUUUCUUUAAGAGUCCACUUCUUCCAGAAGUGUUCUUUUAAGCAUACUCAUUUAUUGAACUUUUGGGGAAGAGCCAACAUAGAAGGAGGGCGAACACUCAAAACAAAUUGCAUUUAAAACAUCCUUUGAUGUAUUCAUCUGGCUCUAAAAAGCUUAUAUUGAAAGUGAUUUUAUCUAACCAAGUCGCUGAGAUCAUAUGCUUCUGAGCGCCUUCUAAUUUAGCUAAAAAUAGUGACUUACAUCAAAUAAGAGUCUUUGUCCUUUUUCUUUCUUUGGCUUUGUCUUUACUAUAUUACUUUGGGGGCAGGAGUUAGCAGAUUUUAUUUUAUCGCUUCUAACAUGUAACUUCUAGUCUGAGUGAUUAUUUUUUUAUUUCUAUAUCGGUUGAGUCAGUUAUGCUUUCUAUAUAUCUCUGAAGCAGCCUAAGAGAUUUAGGCUCUGAUUCAGGAAAGUGCUGGAGUAUAUAGCUGAGUAUGAUGCUGACAGCAAUUUCCUGGAUCAGAGCAGUGAAAGGGAAUGGAUGAUCCUUUGUUAUUUUUGGUCUAUUUUUAUUUCAGAUGUGUUGUGUUAGGCAUAGAAUUAUCGUCUUCUUCCUAUGUUGCAAUUUAGUCUUGAUAAACUGCAACUUCUCAGUAACAUUCCUGCCCAGUGACUCAUAGCAGAUGUAAGCCUCAGCUCUACAGAAUUUAAUAGCAAAAACAAUCGCUGCCUGGGAAGGGCUCUGGAAUUCUUUGCAUCAGCUUAAGAAGAUUUAACAACUUUGAGUUCUGUCCAGAGGGUAAAGGGUUGACAGCUCAGCGAAUCUCAUGCCACUGCAACUGUGGGAUCAGAUAAACUAAGGGAGUUUAUACCUGCUGAGAAAUUGACUCAAAGGUACAAGGUACUGCCCCUUCCAGGAUCAGCACUGCUCACUGUCUUCUGCCUUGUCUGGGUCUCCCUGCUGGGCAGCGACAGAAGCAGAGAAACGCUGUUAGCUUCCAAAGAAUGAAGAUUUUGGUAAUGAUUGAUUUUGUCCUUGCAGCUAGCUUGAUGGAUGUCACUGGCAGCUCUAAACUUACAGAAUGGUAUCAGCCUUCCAGACAGAAGAAAUAAAAUAAAUAAAUCACUGCAGCAAGAAAGUGACAAGAAACAUUUUGGUGUGAGUGUUCAUGGAAAACAGGAUGUACAGAACUGUUUUCAAGAGCAGAUAAAACUUCAGGGCCAAGUCAGGCUUCUGGAACAUCGUGUGGAACAGCAGCAGUUAAAAAUUAUACAGCUUUUAGAGAAGAAAGAGAUUCAGUACAGUGACAGAGGAGAUGAAAACAGUGUCAUUGACUUGGAAGGAAAAAGACAGUAUUCAGAUUGUGCAGAAAUCUACAAUGACGGCCAUAAGCAAAGUGGAUUUUAUAAGAUGAAACCUAUCCAGAGUCCUACUGAAUUCCUUGCCUUCUGUGACAUGUCUGAAGGGGGUGGUUGGACUGUUUUUCAGAGACGUUCUGAUGGGAGCCAGAAUUUUGAUAGAGUCUGGACUGACUAUGAAGAAGGCUUUGGAAAUUUUGUUUUGACAAAUGGUGAAUAUUGGCUUGGAAAUAAAAAUCUUCAUUAUUUGACUAAUCAAGGGAACUAUACUUUAAGAAUAGAUCUAACUGAUUUUGAGGGAGAACGGCGUUUUGCACAAUAUGCAAGAUUCAGCGUUGCAGGUGAAGAGCAUUCUUAUGAGAUGAAUUGUGGAGAAUACUCUGGUACAGCUGGUGAUUCUCUUACUGGUGGAUUUCAUCCUGAAGUAAAAUGGUGGGCUGAUCAUCGAGGAAUGAAAUUCAGUACUAGAGACAGGGAUAAUGACAACUAUGAAGGGAACUGUGCUGAAGAGGAAAAGGCUGGCUGGUGGUUUAACAGGUGUCACUCUGCCAACUUGAACGGUUUGUACUAUAGAGGCCCCUAUACUGCAAUGACGGACAAUGGGAUUGUUUGGUACACUUGGCAUGGGUGGUGGUAUUCUCUGAAAUCCGUUGUCAUGAAGGUCAGACCAGCAGAUUUUGAACCUAAUAUUGUUUAAGUAUUUUAUUAAGACGAUUUAUCUUUUAUCAAAUCAAUCCAAAUUAAAAGAGAUGGGCAGA